UGCUUCUGAGCAAGGUAGUUUUGAUGGUGGGGACCAGGUUUACUGAACAUGUUUUUUAGCAGCUGGGCAACAACAGAUAUCAGAAAACACCUGCCAUUUAUUUAUAACCUAAGCAGCAUUUCUAUAUACUCCUACCUCCCAGCAUUUAAAGCGUUUGGUGCAAAUGCCAAAGUUGUGCAUUUCCUGGGACGAAUCAAACCGUGGAAUUACACCUAUGAUCCUAAAACAAAAAGUGUCAAAAGUGAGUCACAUGAUCCCACUAUGACUCACCCUGAGUUCCUCAGCCUGUGGUGGGGCAUCUUCACCACCAGCGUUUCACCUCUGCAGCAGCAGUUUGGUCUCAUCUCAGACACCCACCCACACCUCAAUGUGGAAGAUGUCUCCGGAGCUGUGUCACAUUUGUCCCUUGGGGAGACCCCGGCUACGGCACAGCCUUUUGUAUCCUCAGAAGAACGGAAGGAGAGGUGGGAACAGGACCAGGCUGAUUACAUGGGAGCAGAUUCCUUUGACAACAUCAAGAGGAAACUCGACACUUACCUCCAAUAGAAACACUGCCACUUU